GCCAACACGGGCGCAAAGAAAGAGGGGAAGAAAGCUUUAUUGCCGCCAUUUCACGUGAAUGCUGCGCGUUAGAGACGACGAUUAAAACAAUUGAAAGGAUACGCCAGUUUGAACCACAUAAACCAAUUGGAGAUUUACAAACUAGCAGUAACCGUUUACCUAACGGCGGGGGACUAACGGGUUUCGACUUGCAAGGGCACGAAUAAUAUGAGCUACGGAAGGGCGCCGCCAGACGUCGAAGGGAUGACCUCCCUUAAAGUGGACAACCUGACUUACCGUACUUCUCCGGAGACUCUGCGCCGAGUCUUUGAGAAGUACGGCCGUGUGGGAGAUGUGUAUAUCCCCCGGGACAGGUACACUAAGGAGAGCCGCGGGUUCGCCUUCGUGCGGUUCCUAGACAAGCGCGACGCCGAGGACGCAAUGGACGCUAUGGACGGUGCGCUGCUUGACGGGCGGGAGCUCCGGGUGCAGAUGGCCCGCUACGGACGACCACCGGACUCCAUGUACAGCCGCAGAGGUGCUCCGCCACGGAGAUACGGAGGAGGGUACGGCGGACGCAGAAGCAGGAGCCGCUCAGGCAGCCCUCGUCGCCGCAGACGGAGCCGCAGCCGCUCCAGGAGUAGAAGCCGUUCCCGAUCCAGGAGCCGCCACCACUACAGCCGCUCCAGGUCCCACUCCGAUUCCAGAUCAAGAUCCAAGUCUAAGUCCAAGUCGAGGUCCAAAUCCAAAUCCAAGUCCAAGUCCAGGACCCCCAGGCGGAGUAAGACAAAGUCUCCCUCCAGGUCUCGGUCCUCCAAGUCCAGAAGUCGAACCCCGCCUUCCAACAGAGGGUCCAAAUCCAGGUCCCGCUCCAAAUCCAAGAGUAGGCCUAAAUCUCCAGAAGACAACGGAGCAGAGACUUAAUCCAGCCUCGGACACAACAUGACGGUAUUCAGGGGAAAGGGUGGAUUUUAUUAUUUGGCCUUCUGUCAUCACUUGGGUUAGUAUUCUGCAGUCUUGGUGCUACGUUAGUCAUUUGCAACACAAGCAACGAAGUCUGCAGAAUCCUGAAUACAUUUAGAAAUUCAACACACAAAAAAAAGAUUGCAACUGAUGUCCUUGUGCUUUGGUUUGCUUGAGUGUUCAACCAAUUUAAAGCACACACGGACCGCAGGAGAUUUGAUGUGAUCUGCUGAAUAAUACAUUUCAAAAUGGGGUGUAUGGGAGGAGGGACGUGGGGUGCUGCACUAAAAAAAAAAACGUUCACCUAAAUGUGGAAUUCUUUCCUCCAAGCUGCGGCGUCCUGUUUGCAAAGGGAGGAGGAGAUGGGGGUGUGGCAGUGUGAGAGCAGUUAGUGUGUGACCCGCCCCAUGUGACCUGCCUGUUGCUGAGAGAGCGAUGGCAGUUGCUAAAGGAGCAGGUCGUCAAUGGCGGUGGUUCGGGCUGUCAGUUGGUGUAUGAGGUGGUGUGGUGAGGUACGUUCGUGGGGAUCACAGGCACUGAGCACUGUCCCCACCUCUCACAAAGGGAACGGAGCCCGAGGUUUGUUUUUCAAAUUCGCCCGAGUGUAAGUCUUGUUGGGGGGGGUGUAAACAAAUGUGAAAAUGACUAGAAAUGUUGGAUAUAAUACAUGAAGAUGGAUGCCCAGGGAAACAAAUAUGCAGUUUGAUAAAUGUUAAGUGUCAGGGGGGGAGGAAUAUCAGACCAGUACUGUAUUUAAAUAUCCAGGUCAGCUGCAGGAGUUGAGAACGGCAUUUUGUUUUGCACUCCUUAACUCCGUUGUGUCUUUCCUUCCAGGUCUCAGAUGAUUGAGCCUUUGCUGAGGACAUCAGGAAGAGUCUCACAUUGAGCAAGUGGACUCCACUAUUACCACUGAAUGCAGACUGAAAGGUUAUUGGCGCUUGGUCUAAAAUGUUUUAAAUUUGACCUAAUUUACAUAAUCAAAUUCUGUAACUUUGAUGUGAUCGUUGUUUGUAAAGUUGAGCAGUUUGAAAGGGAGUUUUUCUCAUUUAAAUUGUUUGUUUUGAUUACACUUCUACUUUUUUCAAUUGAUAUAGAUUUCUUUUAAUGAAAUCCCUUGUUUAACUCUUUCUAGAUGCUCAUGACAGUUUUAUUUGCAGGGUGUCAUGUUGGACGUUCAAAGCCUUUACAGCUAUGUCAUACCACUCUGGCUUAUUGUAAAGGCAAAAACAUUAAAGUAUCGCUGUGCCACUUAAUUUGUGACUUGCUAAUCGAGCAGCGUACAUUUUCUUUUCUGUAAAAUCUCUUAUUUUCUGUCUGGCUACAGUUGCUUUCCUAUGACUCUAACCCUCUUUCUUGUGUAUCUUUUGUGCACUAGGCGCAGUUGUGUAGCAGUUGAGUAAUGCUGGUUAGCUGUUAAGAUGCGGUGCAGUGCGGUGGUGACAUGGUGUGGCGUGUUGCGGUGCUGAGUGCCCGGCGCUGUUCCGGGGCUCGACCCUCCGCUGCCGGUUUGUAAGCUCACAGGUGUUGCAGAUCAUCCAUCCUCUCCUGUCUUGUGACCUCUCCUUCCCUCCAUGUGCUGUACAGAUUCUCACCUCUUUCCUUUUAUAUCUUUAUUCUCACUCCUCCCCCCCCCCCCCCUCCCCCCCCCUCUGUGGUUUAUCCACUGUUAUAACUGGCUCUGCUCGCCUUUUUGUUUCCUUUUUUAAUUGGGUCCAGUGUGACUCCUAGUGAAGGGUUUAAAGGGCAGUCCAUUCUGCUUAAUGAAUGAUUUGUGUGUCUUUCAUUCCCCUGUGAACCUCUCAAAUGUCUUGUAAUUGCUUCAGGUGAAUGCUAAUAAACAUCUUUGUUGUUAA